ACUCUCAAACAAGAAAGCAGAGAUGGCAGAUAAAACUGUGCAAAGAAACUCCCUUCUAAAUGGGAAUGAAAUGGUGCAACAUCAUACGUCGACAUAUGAAGUGCAUUCACAGUUCAAUCGUUUGGUUUCACUCGAUGAGUUGGAUGAAUCUAGGCAACACGAUUUAAAGCGUAUGCAAGAAGAACUUCGCCUUCUGCUGACGCAAGAACGGGUAAAUAAAUCAGGCAGCAUCUCGGAAGGCGCCUGGGAGGAGGACCAACACCGGGUACGCCUCACGCGGGUGGAAGGAAAGUGGCAAUCAUACGGUUAUGAAAAUUCUACGGGUAAAUACGUUGAAAGCCACGAGGCUCUUUUCCUCAUGGAAAUGAACCGGCUUAUGGUGAAAUGGAAAGGCGUGGUGGUGUCGAUUGAGCAAGGGUACAGUUUAUUACUUGGCCGACCGAAUUCACUCACCUUGGAAGAGUACCAGGUUUACUCAGUGCUAAACCGAGCAAGCUACUACGUUCUGCAGUAUGAUCCGGUUCGGGUCUAUCGAACAGAAGUAACCGAUCUUCCUUCCGUGGAAGAACGCUGCGUGUGGGGAAACCUCUACGAAAUGCUACAUCAACCCAACCCUCGCGAAACGUUGGAUCCCAAGGCGAAUGGCAAGUUGUACGAAACGGUGCGCAGAUCGAUGCUGAAGUAUAAUAAUCUCAUCAAAAAACAAUCUUCGGUGAAAGACCAAACGAGCGGUGAAGAGUUCAACAAAGAAGUGAAAGAGCCAGCCACCAAACGGAGUAAAUUUGAAUUUCAAGAAGUAUGCCGUGAAAACGAAUGCUUUAGCAUGGUUGAGCGUUUCCGAAGGAUUUUCGAUCGAUUCGACAUAAUUCGUAGUAUCUCCGAACACCAUCAUAAUGAUGGUGAUGCUUCCCUUCAGGAUGAGCACAGGUGCGAUUCAGUUGAGGAUCCUGGGACUUUGCAGAUUGCCUUUGACUUGUUUGCUCCUGAAUGGCAGGGUUUUAAGAAAUCACAUCUUCCAUUACCAAUUGCACGAAUCGUCGUGAGAAGGUCAUCUCAAUCGAUGCCAUACUUUAGGGAGCUACUAGCUAUUCACAAUCGUCAGAAUCAACGGGUGCCUUUGAUGCUAAUGUUAGUUUCCGAUAGUUUAACAGUUCACUGUUUUCUGUAUGAUAUGACACGUGUGCCUCGAAACAUUAUCACAUUACCGAACGAGUCGACAAGUGGUACCAAAUAAAUCCGUUCUG